AGGAAUCCACAACCCAUCUCCCUUCUUCAACUUCCCUGCCUUUCCCCCCUUCAAAAUCUCAACUUUCCCUUCUUCCCUUUCCCCAUCAUCGAAUUCCCUCCCACCGCCACCAUCUUCAGACCUGAAAGCCCUGCAGUGGCGCGAGAAGGACUGCCCACCACCACCACCUCCCUUCUGGACACGAAAAAGCCCUGCUGCUGGUCUGAGGAACCUACAGCUUCCCUUCUGCCGCUCGCCGCAGCAAGCCGCCAAUUGAUCGACCGGGUAGACAUGGAACUUAGCAAUUGCAACGGCAGCCAUUACACAAACCCAAAUCCAAACCAAGAUAGCUGGAAUUUUUUUCUCGGAUGAGUGUU